AAAAAAGACUGAUGGAGAAAAAGAGAGAGAAACAUGGAUAAAGAAAAAAAGAAGGACAGAGUGAGAGUAAAAACACUUUAAUGUUCAGCUGAAAUCUGAGAAAGAAAGAAAGAAUGAAAGAGAGAGACAGAGAGGGGAAAAAACUAAACAAAAAAAGAAGAAAGUGUAAAAGGAUAAAGGGAGAGACAGAAAGGGACAGAGAGAGAGAGAGAGGGAUAGAGAGAGAGAGGGAUAGAGAGAGAUAGUGAGCAGAAGGAAAGUGAUGAAUGACAUGCAGAUGGAAAGAAAGAAAAAGGAAAAGAGAGAGAGACAGAGUGAGAGGAAAGAGACUGACAGAGAGACAGACAGGUAGAGAGAGAGAGAGAGAGAGAGAGAGAGUGCAUUAGCUGUAGUGGCUUUGAUCAGUGUGUGUGAGUGAGUGUGUGAGUGUGUGUGUGAGUGAGUGUGUGUGUGUGUGUGUGUGUGUGAGUGAGUGUGUGUGUGUGUGUGUGUCAUGGCCUCUCCAGCCAGCUGUGAGGGGACUGCCCUGCGGGGGAGGGGCUGAGUGUGUGUGUGUGUGUGUGUGUGUGACGGUGUGUGUGUGUGUGUGUGUGAGACGGUGUGUGUGUGUGUGUGUGUGUGUGUGUGAGACGGUGUGUGUGUGUGUGUGUGUGACGGUGUGACGGUCCGAGUGCGUGCACAUCUUCUGAGCAGUUUUUUUGCGCGAGCGCAGGAGGAGAGAGAGAGAGCGCGAGGGAGACUGCUGAGUGUGUGCAGCGCGAGCUUUUGUCGGGAGUCGCGCGAGUGCGUGUGUGUGUGUGUGUGUGUGUAAGGGAGUGUGUGUGUGUGUGUGUGUAAGGGAGUGUGUGUGUGUGUGUGUGUGUGUGUGUCGCGCGCAGUAGAACUUGUAGAGACAGGAGCAGGAAAUGGCAGAGCGCGCGGAGGCUGCAGUGUGAGCACCAUGUCUCAGGCGAUUUGCUGCACGCUGGUGAACUGUACCUGCGACAGUUUCAGACCCGGAAAGCUGAAACGUCGUCAGUGUGAGAACUGCAGGCACGGAUGGGUCGCUCACGCUCUGAGCAAGCUGAAGAUGCAGCACGCGUAUGACGGAGGCCAGGUGGAGAUCGUUCACUCCAACGUGGUGUUUGAUAUCUGCAGUUUGAUGCUGUACGGUACGCAGGCCAUCCCGGUGCGGCUGAAGAUCCUGCUCGAUCGACUGUUCAGCGUCCUGAAGCAGGAAGAAGUCAUCAAAAUCCUCAACGCGCUCGACUGGACGCUGCAGGACUACAUACGAGGAUACGUCCUGCAGGAUGUGGCUGGCAAAGUCCUGGACCGCUGGGCCAUCAUGACCUUCGAGGAGGAAAUUGCGACACUGCAGCAGUUCCUCCGCUUCGGAGAGACAAAGUCCAUUGUCGAGCUGAUGGCCCUGCAGGACAAAGAAGGGCAGGCGAUCAUCGUGCCGACAGUUAGAGCGAACUCGGACAUCCGUAGCUUCAUAGAGAGCAGCAUGCAGCGUCCGUCAGUGCCGCCCACAACGGAGCCUCUGAGCAGAAACAAUGGCCACCACUUUGAGAGUUUGGUCAACAACAUGGCCUUCAUGCUGCCUCUGCAGUUGCUCAACUCUGUUCCUGCACCGCUGCUCAGGUCCAGAGCAGAUUCCCGCCAGCAGGAUGUUUCGGCACGACCCGAAAUUCUGGAUUCAAACCCUGACACCUCCUCUCACUUCACCUCUGAUAUAGAAAGAGAAGAUAUACCCAUGGAGAGAGCAAGCACCAAUUUAGAAUCAGAUGACUUCACAUUGAGCGAUAACUAUUCCUCACCCUCGACACCUUGCACGCCCUCAAUCAGCUCCGAUAUCGCCCAAGUGUCGCCGGAGUCGAAAAUCCGCCCAGGAGUUGGGAUGAAAAAAGGCCGUGUUUUCUGCAGUGCCUGUGAAAAGACCUUUUAUGACAAAGGAACACUGAAGAUCCACUACAAUGCUGUUCACCUCAAGAUCAAGCACAAGUGCACUAUCGAGGGAUGCAACAUGGUCUUCAGCUCGUUGAGAAGCCGCAACCGGCACAGCGCCAACCCGAACCCACGCCUGCACAUGCCCAUGAAUCGAAACAAUCGGGACAGGGAUGUGAGGGAUGGACUGAGUGGGGGGGAUGAGGCAGAAAAGCGGGACCUCAGCAGGCCUGUCUCCAGCUACAUCAGCAAUUCUGAGUCCAAACUGCACAGCUCCUUUCCAAGCAUCAGCCACAGCGGGAUUGUCUUCCCCAACCUAAAGACUGUGCAGCCAGUGCUGCCUUUCUACCGCAGCCUGGUGACACCUGCUGAGCUUGCCAACACACCUGGAAAUCUGCCCUCCCUGCCCCUACUGUCCUCUUCUUCUGUGCCUGUAAGCGUAGGAGACAUGGAGAGCAAUGCCGAACCUGUGCCCAAGAAGAAAUCCCGUAAAUCCAGCAUGCCCAUAAAGAUUGAGAAAGAUGAGUUGGAAGAGCGAAGCAGCUCCAAUAAUGAUGAUGAUGACGAUCCUCCUGCCAGUAUGGACUCUGGGAUGGAUUGUAUGGUAAAGACAGAAUGUGAUGAGCAUGGUGUUGUUCAUCCCUCAAUCCAGCCCUCUGUCCUCACCCAUUCUUCCCAUACAGAAGAACUACAAACAGAGGACAAACACCAAGCCCAGGGGUGCAGUCUCACCCACUCGCUGUCUUCCUUCAGCAACACGCAAAGAGACUUACUUGACUUUGGAGACCAAACCUGCAGCGAAGACUUGGAUCUCCGACCCACUGGCGAAGUGGCACUAAGCGGCACCCCCUGUGAGUCUGAGGUCCGCACAGACGCCGAUGGUGACCUACAGAUUGUGUGUGCAGAUGAUGAAGACGAGCUUCUCCAUCACUGCGAGAGUUGCAAUAAGACCUUCAAAAACUCCUACAGUGCCAAAAUGCAUUACCGCAGCGUCCACUUGAAGGAAAUGCACAUGUGCACCGUAGCAGGCUGCAACGCCGCUUUCCCGUCCCGCAGGAGCAGAGACAGACACAGUGCAAAUUUGAAUUUACAUCACAAGCUGUUGACCAAAGAUCACUACGUCUUCACUCCGUCCUGCAGAGACAUCUCCGCUGAUUCUGAAUUCCCUCCUAAAGAUCCUCUGAGCCAGACGUCUGUUAUCUUCAAGAGCACAAACCGCAUGGGCCUUGUGUUUCCCAUGAGCAAAUCCUCUGAUAGCGUAGAGGAUCCGGUGGAGGACGAGGCCGUGUUGGACCUAAGCACCAGAGGAAGUGGUCACUCUUCUUCCUGGGACUCAGAUGCAGGCAGUGAGGAGGAGCUCCCCAUGGAGGACAGCGAUGAGAACGAGAGUUGCGACGGGCUGAGUUCCAGUGUGGUCAGUCUCGGGCAGCAGGUCAACAACUCAUCUUCACCCAUCACCUGCCACGUCUGCCAGAAGGUUUACAGCAACAAGGGCACAUUCAGGGCGCACUACAAAACCGUGCACCUUCGGCUCCUGCACAAGUGCAAGGUACCAGGGUGUGACACAACGUUCUCUUCCGUCCGGAGCCGCAAUCGACACAGCCAGAACCCAAAUUUACACCGGAACCUUCCGACAAACAACACCACCGUCAAUCAGGAGUAGUGAUAAAUAUACACACGGAUGGUGAAAUGAACCCUAAUAAUGAGCACUUGUGUGUAAGUGGAAAAGCACAGGCCUUCAUAGAUUCUACCUAAAAUUCACAAUGAUGAACUGUUCCGAGGGGCUCAGAAGAGUGUUUUUUUCAUCUUGUGCAUAUAAUUUACAGCGCAAUUUGUGGUUUCUUGCGAUGGGCAAAACUUCAAGUAGCUAAGAUUUCGUUAAAUUCAAGUGAAUGAAAAAUAUAUAAUGUGAAUAUGCUCUGUAUAACAGAACAAAACAUUGUUCAAGAAAUUAUUAACACUGGGCAAGUUGCUCUUUAUGGAGAUAUUUUCUAAGGUUACAGCCUUUAGACAAAACACUUCAGUCAAUAUAACGGUACAGGAAAUGGAUUAAUCGGCGAUAAUUGGCCACAAGUACCACAUACCCUAAACCCUAAACCUUGGAAGGUGGUGGUGAUGAGGUGGAAAAUUUUAGACUGUCCAAAAAGCCACAGCUGAGAGGCUCUAUGUGGUUGCAUGACUUUAUUUCAUUUGCGUUUAUGUUAUUUAUUCCACUGCAAAUUAUUUCCAUACAGAAAGAGUUCCAGUUCAAAUGAACGUACAGACUUUUUACAAAUUGUCGUUGUUGUUGUUGUUGUUUUUUUAAUCGAACCUUUUUGCAUUUGACGUGUAUGAAAAUUACUUGGAUGGAAACUUGACUCAUCACAACAAUACUUCCUGUAACCUGGUGAAUCAGUCUCAUAUCUAAUCUAGAAAUCAAAAUUUAGCCUGAAGCAGAAGCACAUCAUGUUAAAAAUGUAUUUUUACUACAUUUCUAAACACUACCAAACACUUAAACAGCUUGAUUUCAACGCUGUUAGUGUUUGUUUAUUACAAAAAAAAGCAUUUUCAGUGAUACAGCUGAUUUGGCACUUUCUUUUUUUUGCAGAAUAAGCUCCAGAGUUCAAAUAACAAACCUGUCAGAACUAUUCAGUACUUAACUAGCACAAACUAUCAUUAUUAUUAUUAUUAUUAUUAUUAUUAUUAUUGUUCAAUUUCAUUACAAUCACAGCGACAUGACAAUCACUAUGUAUGAGGAAAGAUUAACCAGAACAAAGUUUUAGUAAAAUUUAUAGGACGAGCAACAAACCUAGCAGUAACGCUAACACAGAAUGUAGCUGUACAGCUAGCAGUAAGUCAAGCAAUAAGGAAAUUACAGAAAAGCUAACAAGGUAAAAAAGCAGUAUGGCUAACAGGAAGGCUAGUGGUAUAGUUAAUAGCAGUACAGCUAGUAAUAGUGUCAGUAAGACUACCUGGUUUUAGCAGUAAACCAACAGCAAAACUUACUAUAUAGCGAGUAUAGCAAUACGAUUAGCAUGAAACCUGCUUGUGAUUACUAGCUGGUAACAUGCUAGUGAGAUUUCAUUACUGCAUUGAAAACAAAAUGGUUGAUUAGAACUCCUAAAUUGGUCACUUUUUUCCACUCCAGUAUUAUCAUUAUACAAAAUUCCCACUCAUUUUGAUUAUAUGAUGUAAUAUUCGUUGUGCCAAAUCAGUUUUUUUUUUUUAUUUAUUUCCUGAAAUAAGCCCCAACGUUAAGUUUCAGUGAUCACGCGGAAGGGAGAGUUCUGAACGUGCUGCACUUGCUAAAAAAUCCAUUUCAUAAAUAUAGUACUGGAUAUAUCACAGACACAAGUUUUAAUUUAACACGUUAAAACGCUUAAAAGUGUGAAUACGAUACCGAAGUAUCCUGCCACCUGACUGCGACCUGCUGCAUUAGCAAACGCACGAUCAGCAGCAUGACAGUAAUCCGUGUUAAACUUCAGAACAGUGACGGAGUGAACGUGGACAGUGAAGUCAUCAACAUACGUACAACUACUGCGGACCAAAUGGUUUUACUUACCGUAUUUUUUUAAAUAUAAAACAAGAAUUUUUUCUUCUCUCUAUCACAUGCUGUGUAAAUGUUAUCAUUUUCACAUUAGACUAGCUACAAAACACCACUUUCUUUAUUGUUUUUUUUUUUUGUUUUGUUUUUUUACGGUAGCCUUUCUACUACGGCAGUUACGGUACAUUUGGCCUUAUUUGCAUAAUACUUGUUUACAUUUCGAAACCACUUGUAACAAGAAACUUCGGAAAGUGUGUAACGUUCAUGAUUUAUGAGAUACAAGCAGGAGGUUCUUGGAUAUUAUUUACAGACCAUCCAUCAAACAAGGGGGCGGAGCUAAAAACAGGAAGUAGAGCAUUGCUAGGUCAUAAUGGACAGCUUCUGCAACUGUGGUCAUCUAAUAACAAAUAACAGAAAGUAUUUGCCCCCAUCUACCCCACACCAAUCACUGCGGAAGUGGGUGGGACAUUUGGAUGUUUAAGUUUAUUACCCAAAUCGCCCCCCCCCAACACACACACACACACACACACACACACACACACCUCCCCCUGUUUAACAAGGGAGAAUUAAAAGAUAGAAACAGGUCGUUUUCUGAUUUUUUUCUCCUGAGUGGAUCUUAUAGUCCACGUUAAAUUUAGAGCAUCGUGUAGGAGGUGCUACAGAUUUAUCCAGAGUUUCAUAGCGUGUGUUAAACUGAAAGACUCAAAUAUUUAAAAUAUAAAUUAAAAAAACAAACACAAUGCUUCAUAAUUCCCUACAGUAUUUCGUUUUUUUUUUACUUGUCCUGAAGAUAUUUUAAACACUGUACAUAACCAUACACGUGGUCUGGAAAAUGUCGCCAUUGUGUUCAUUUUAUUUUCCUCUAAAUCCUGGUCAUGUGAUUCCAGUGCUUGAUUUGAAUUAAACUGUACCUUGUGGGUCGAGCGUGUGUGUGUGUGUGUGUGUGUGUGUGUGUGUGUGUUCAGUUGAAGGUGCAGGAUUCACCUGGUGUCCGAUGUUCAGUAAUAUAACACGUUGACGUUUCCUCAUGAUUGUUGUUUUAUCGUUUCGGGAUAUUUUGUGGCAUUCCAUGAAUUCUGUUGUGUUGCUGUUGUGUAAAUUAUUGUACAGUGUUGUGUUGUUUUUUUUCUAAUUUGUUCUUAUAAACACUAAAGCUGACCAAAGAUUCUUCAUCAUAAACGAGCAGUAUUAAUAAUAAUAAUAAUAAUAACAAUAGUAAUAAUGAAUCUCUUUAAAGAUGCAGUCUGUGUUUGUAUUUUGCGAGAUUUUGUUACGAUUGGAAAAACAGAGCUGUUUAUUGUUGUAGUGUAGCUGGGCGUACGCUACACGAUGGUUAGCCUGAUUUUUAUCCCCUUUCCCAGAUCUCCAACCACAAACCUAGCAAAACCUAGCUUAGCAAUUUAAUACCAACCACGAGAGUUUACCUGACAUUAGCUAGCUUGUUAGCGAAAUUCAUUAGAUUCUUAAUUACAAAAGGCAUUAGCUAGCUAGUUUUGCAACAGUGUUAUUUAUAUUAGCUAGCUAACAACAUAAUGUCAAUCAUUAACAAACUUUAUCCUGUUAUAUAUAUUAUAUAAUUAUUUGAUUAAAACUAGUAUUUUAGGCUUCAGUAUUUUAAGCUUAAAAAAAAGUCAAAAGAAACACUCCUGAUGAUGAUUGGCUGGUCAGAUUUAACUGAAGCUCCGCCCUCAUUGACCCAGGCAAACUCGGGAACGUGUCACACCCUGGCAUCGUACAAACAAAUAUUCUAAAAAUAGCAAUAUAAGCUAAGCUAGCAGUCUCCCAAAACACAACACUGCACUAAUGUUAGCUAGCUAACUAUUCGGAUUUAGCUUAACAGUAGCAAUUGGUGUAUACGGUUUAAAAUAACAUAUUUGUUAAAAUUACACAUUAUACUAGUUUAGCAAUAUUAGUUAAGCUAGUUAGCUGCACAAACCCAGUAAUAGGUUUUGUUUAUCUUUUCACCAGUAUCUAGCUUCAGAACCAACCUAGCUAGCUUUAUGCUAAUGCGUUUAUUAUGUAUAGCGUACGCCCAGUUACACAUGUAUGAAAUGAAAUGUAAAAACUCCUACACACACACACACACACUCACACACACACACACGCGUUUUUACAGUAUUGUUGUCAUCAUGUCACAUUUAUGCCACGUCUGCUCAUAAACAAUUUAAAAAUGUUCAUGUUUUUAUUCUUGAUUCGUUGUGACAAUAAUAAAAAGCCAUGAUUUCA